AUCUGUACUUAUACCUAAUCGCAAAUAACUCGACCCACGCCUUCACCCCCUCACCCCCUUCCCCGGUCAGUCAGUCAGCCCACCUUCAAUCGCUUGAGGCCCAAAAACUCACUGUUCCUGAAAAUCCAUCUGCUACUAUAUACCGCAGACCAUUCACCUCUACAGCCCAAACGCUGACAACCAAUCGCAAUCAAUCAACCAAUUUUGAUCUCUCACUAACAUUGCAAUCAUGUCGCCAACUACCCUCAUCUUCGGCGGCCACGGCAAAGUCGCCCAACACCUAACCCGGAUCCUCACCCAGCAGACCACGCCCGCCCACACAGUCCACAGUAUCAUCCGCAACGCGGACCAAUCAGACACCAUCACGUCUCUAGGCGGGAAGCCUAUCGUACAGUCCAUUGAAGAAUCCUCCGUUGCCGACUUCACAGCCACCAUCAAAAAAACCAACCCAGACUUUGUCGUCUGGUCCGCCGGCGCUGGCGGGGGCAACCCCGAACGUACGCAGGCCGUUGACCGCGAGGGCGCUAUCAAGUCCAUGGACGCCUGUGCCGAGGCCGGCGUCAAGCGGUACAUUAUCGUGUCCGCACUCGACGUCCGGGAUCGCGAGAACAAGCCUGUUCCCGAGUGGUAUGAUGACGAGAGUAAGAGGAUGAGUGACCGUGUUUGGGGAGCUAUCGAGCCGUACCUCAAGGCUAAGUUGGCCGCGGACCGAUCGCUAAGGAUGGAUAAUAGGAGGAGAGGGCUGGAGUAUACUAUUGUAAGGCCUGGGGGUUUAAGUACAGAGCCAGGUAAGGGGACGGUGCAGGCGGGGAAAGUACGACUUGGGAGUAUGGUGAGUCGGGAGGAUGUUGCGAGGACGGUGGUGGCGAUAAUGGAGGACUCGGGGACGGUGGGGUUGGCUUUUGAUGUAGUCGGUGGUGGCGUACCUAUUAAGGAGGCAGUUGCUACUGUUGCAAACGACAAGGUUGAUACCUUCGAAGGUUACUAUUAAGAGUUUAUUUGGUACACGACUUACCGACGUCUUAGAAAUGCUGCAAACCCAGAUAGUAAAGUAUACUACUAUUUCCAGAUCGUCGAGCUCGUAUAACCUGUGUUGUUCUUGAUUGUAGUCGAGAAAUCAUUGUUCCUUGUCUGGACUUAGAACAGAUGGCGAAUAAUAGACGACAAGAUUACAAUGCUUCAGAACAUGGUUAUUCAUAGACAGGUCUAGUCGACACAACCUAUUUUCUCUAGAUGAAUAAUCAAAUUGGC